ACAAUCCGGUCCACAGCCUCGACCUCUUUUCUCCUUCCUUCAAACCUUCUCCCUCUCUCUUCCGCCUCUCCCCAGACCCUAGCAGCCGCGGCGGCCGGGGCCAGCAGCCAGCAGCGCCGCUCCUCCACCUCCCCGGCGCGCCUCUCCGCCUCCAGCCUCCGGCCCCACUUCCUCGUAUCCCCCCUCCCUGCCCCCUCCACCUCCGGCGAGCCGCCGCCGCCGCCGUUCCAAGAGGCCGCCGGGAUCCUACCACUCCGUCGCGGUGACCCGCUGAUUGCUUCAGGGAUGGCGACCUCGAAGCUGCUGCGUGCUCUGAGGCGGCCCUCGUCGGUGGCCGCGCUGCGAUUGGCAACGACUGCCAAUGUGCAAGCCGUUACUGGAUAUAGGCAUCUGAAUAAUCGGAAUCUAAGUGUGUUCAACGAGUUCUCAAAGCAGCUGAAGGGUGAGGCUAAGAGUAAUCCUGAAUUCCAGAAAUCUAUGAAGGAGUUCAGUGAGAAACUUGGUGUGGUAAAGGAAGAUCUCAAAGUAAGAACUCAGAAAACAGCCGAGACAAUUUCCAAGAGUGUUGAAGAUGUUAUGACUGAAGCUGAGGCAACAUCCAAAAAGGUUACUGCAAAUGUUAAAGAAAAAAUGUCUGCUGCUACAGAAGAGGUGAAGGAAAGCUUUGGACUAGGAAAGGAAGAAACUUCAAGCUUCAGAGAUGGUUCACAUGGAACUUCAAAUCACGGGAAAACUGAGGCGUCCUCACACUCAGAUGACAAGUCCCAAGAUGCCACAAGUGCCUAUAUGUUGUUUGAUAAAUUAAGGUCAACAUUUUCAUCAGCUUCACCAGUUGUGUCUGGUGCAUUUGCAAAAUUGAAGGACACAAGAGUCUCAACUUUAGCUAAGCAGGGAUAUGAAAUUGUCAAAGAUGAACUAAGCUCUAGCUCUAGCAGAAAAAAGAAAAACCAUAUUAGGCAAGCUUAUUCUGCAGCUGUAGAGAAGAGUACAAGAACUGAUAUAGUUAUUGUACCAACAAAGAAGUCAGUGGUGGGUGAAAAAUGGGAAGCAAUCAAGAAUAAGAUGCGAGGUCAUCCAGUCUAUAAGAGGGUGAACGAGUACACCAAACCUGUCGUAACAAAGGUGAACGAGUACACCAAACCUGUCGUAACAAAGGGACAAGAGGUAGCUGAGGAUGUCCGAGAACGAUGGGAGACAAGUGACCAUCCAGUAGUUCAGAAAAUUCAAGAUAUUAAUGAAACUAUUUUUGAAGAGACCGCUACUGCAGCAUCUUUCAGGGAAAUUCGGCGACGUGACCCAUCCUUUUCAUUAUCCGAUUUUAUUGGUGAUGUUCAAGAAAUGAUCAAGCCUGUUCUUACCGCAUAUUCAAAGGGUGAUCUGAAGACUUUAAAAAAGUACUGCACCAAGGAAAUACUUGAACGAUGCGAAGGAGAGAGGAAAGGAUAUGCAUCACAAGGCAUGUUUUUUGAUCACAAGAUUCUUCACAUAUCUGAUGCUGACGUAAGGGAAACAAAGAUGUUGGGAUCAGCACCCAUCAUUCUCGUGAUGUUCCGAACACAGGAGAUUCAUUGUAUUCGUGAUAAAGAAGGACAAGUAACAGAAGGAGGACAGGAUUCAAUUCGAACCGUCUACUAUCAAUGGGCAAUGCAACUCAUGGACAGCGAUGAGUUGCCAGAAGAAGAAUCCUACUACGCAGUUUGGCGGUUGCGUGAGAUGCAUCAACUUGGUGUUAAGGCCCUUAUAUAGAGUAGCACUUUGCUCUUUCUUCAUUCCACUGGUGCGUUGCCGUUCGGAAUACCUAAAUGUUCCAAGUCUGACCGCUCGACAAACUAUGCAGGCAAUUUUCCAUAAGUUGUUUCUCUAGUUUUAAAUACUGACAGCCAGUCUCCCUGCUUCUUGCCCCAUUUUGUUUGGUGAUGUGUAUCUAAUGUGUACGACAUUUGUAAAAUCAGCUCCCCCUUUUAGCAAGUUGGCUGAGAACGGUUGUAGUGCUGAUUGUUCUUGUUCUGAGUUGGAAAAGCUCGAGGCACCAAACAAAAAUGCAGUUUACUCUUUUCGCUGGCAAACAAUGUUGCUGGUGAGUAAUAAUUUUUGAAGGAGAGGAACCA